AUAUAUCACGCUAAGCAACGUAAGACCUUCCGUCGAAGAGAUAUUGACGCGCAAACUCCGGAUAUCAAACCAAAAAACUAUUUUGUGCGAAACCUUACCCAACUGUUGUCAACAAUGUGGCAGUUUUUGUUUCUGACGCUGGUUAGCGUAUGUUGCAAGGCAGAAGAUUGUCCAUGCGAGAUCCAGGAACUCUGUCAACAAAUUCGCGAUGAGAAGGACUUUGAGGUGUUUGUGUUUGAUGUGGGCAAGAAAGCAUGGAAGUCAUAUGAUUGGGGAAAAGUGACAACUGUUGCUGCAUUUGGGAAAUAUGAUGCUGAACUCAUGUGCCACGCCCAUUCAAAAGGAGCACGGCUAGUCCUGAAAGGUGAUGUGUCUAUCCCUGAAAUGGUGGACCCUGCCAACAGGACAGCAUGGAUCACAAGCAAAGUGGACUUGGCAAAGAGGCAGUUUAUGGAUGGCAUCAACAUAGACAUUGAGCAAGAGGUGGCCGACUCCUCCCCAGAGUACUACACCUUGACAGCACUCGUCAAAGAGACCACUGAGGCCUUUCAUAGAGAGAUCCCAGGUUCCCAGGUGUCAUUUGAUGUUGCCUGGUCGCCCAAGUGUAUAGACGGGCGCUGCUACGACUACGCCGCCAUUGCCGAGUCCUGCGACCUGCUAUUUGUGAUGUCAUAUGAUGAGCAGAGUCAAAUAUGGGGCGAUUGUGUUGCGAUGGCAAAUGCUCCAUUCAAUCAGACACAGUCAGCGUAUGACCAAUAUUUGGCGAUGAAGAUAGAUCCAAAGAAGCUUGUGAUGGGAGUACCAUGGUAUGGCUAUGAUUACCCUUGUCUCGACUUCUCCCAGGAAGGAGUGUGCUCCUUAGCCAAGGUUCCGUUCCGGGGUGCACCUUGUAGCGAUGCAGCUGGCCGUCAGAUCCCUUACAGCUUUAUGAUGAAACAGAUCAACGGCUCUCUGUCUGGCAGGCUGUGGGACGAAGUCCAGCUGGCUCCCUACUACAACUACAAGGACCAAAGGGGACAGAUCCAUCAGGUGUGGUACGACGACCCAGAAAGCAUUGCCCUGAAGGUGGCAAAUGUACGAGAGCUGGGCCUGAAGGGCACGGGAAUGUGGUGCGGCAACCUCCUGGACUACAGCAACAACUCAGUUGCCCAGGAACAGAGUCGAGACAUGUGGAACGCCCUCAUGGGUUGCCAAGACGCUCAGUGCUGAGAAGACUGCCUUUCCAUUGGAUCCUCACAGCUAUUUGUUGCUAGUCAAUAGAUGCUUUUGUUCGAGGACAGAAGUGGGACAGAGGAACCGUAACGUGUAUUCCUCUUGAUCUCAGGGAUGCGUACUUGCACUUCUAUUUCAUAGUAGUUUUUUUUUUAUUGCAAUUGUAAAAACAUGAGCCACUUUAGAAUCAUGCCAACACAGAUGAUUGUCAAACACAGCAUUGUGCCACUGUCUGAAUCUUGGGAUAUGUGGUUGUUUUACCUACUUUAGGUGAAUGCAGUCACUUUCAAUAAGAGAUUAAAAUAUGAUGUAAAUGUUUACGCUUCAGAAAGUCAAUCCUAAAACCGCUGUGACUUUGAAGAAAAUUCCAUCAUGAAACUCUGGAUAAGAGCGUCUGCUAAAUGACUUAAAUGUAAAUGUAAACAGUUACGAAAUCUUAGUCAUGGCAGAUACUGUUGCUUUGAUACUGUACAAAUAUUUGUUUUCAUACUUAAGAUUUUAAGAUGGUAGUAUCAACACAGGUAAAUGAUCAAAUGAGAGAGUGUUCUUGCUGCAACAGGGACACGACAGUUUAAUACGAACAAUUGUUGUUUGGUAAACUGAAGUCAUGGCUUUCACUUGAUAUGCAUUGCAAAUAGACAUAACAAUUUAAAUGUGACCUUUUAUAAAAUAUAUAAUUUGGAAUCAUUGUCUUCUGGAAUAAGGCCACUGUGGUAUUGGUAGAAGUGGCUCAGUUAGGGAUGCUUUGAGCCUGUGGUCUGUCCCUUGCUCCUGCUCCAAAGCCCAUGGAGCCAGAGAGAAAUGUCUGGGUAUUCUUCUGGGCCAGCUCAGCCUUCAAGGCUCUCAGCUCUGUGGCAGCCUGCUUCCCGAGCUGGGAGGAAAUAAACAAGGAAGUACAUCAAUGAAAACCAUUGAGCACUGUCUGUCCAGCAAAGCUCUCCACCUCCUGCCCAAGUCCCAUGUAAAAGUUGAUAACUGAAAUGUCUGCUUCUCAUAUGAAAUAUUUUUAAACUGAGCCCUUAACAUACUGUAGUUUUUCCCAGUGAUAUAAACAGGAAUGGAAAAAUAGAUAAUUGUAUUUACAUUUGUAGAGUUAUGAGGGAGUCAAAUUGCAAUUAAGAUUUUAAUACCUUGAUCUCUGUGAUGAGCCUCAUCUUGGCAUCAUCCACCUUCCUCCUUAGGUUGUCAAUCUCAUGGCUCUCUGUCAUUAUCUGGAUAAUGAGCUCAUUCUGAACAUGGUGGGAAGAGUACCCAAUUGUCAUACUUGAAGAUUCCUUAAUAGAAAAUGUAAAUGUAAAAAAAAACAUUAUGACAUAAUUUACCAACAAAGCAUUUGUGUUUAGUGAGUCCACCAGAUCAGAGGCAGUAGAGAUGACCAGGGAUGUUCAUUUGAUAAGUGUGUAAAUUGGACCAUUUUCCUGUCCUGCUAAGCAAUUCAAAAUGUAACGAGUACUUGGGUGUUAAGCCAAAUGUAUAGAGUAAAAAGCACAUUCUUUAAUUUAGGAAUGUAGUAAAGUAAAAGUUGUCCCAAAUAUAAAUAAAGUACAGAUCCACACAAACACUA